AUGGAAGAUCUUUCGAUUGCUUAUCCUCGCUUGGAUAUACUUAGUAGGAUUUCGACAUUUCUGUUUGCUUUUGAUAACCUCACACAUUUGUGUGUUGAAAAUGUUGUCAUCACACUUUCACCUCAAUGGAAUGGUUUUGGUAAGCUUGUUAAACUCGAGCUCCUGUCUGUUUCUGUUGAGCUUGAUGAGCUGAUGACUCUACUUUCUAAAUGUCCGAUGCUCGAGUACCUUGAUUUCGAGUGUGAUCAUCGCAGACAUUAUUUCAUGAAUUAUUUCAUCAAUGAGGAGCACACUCUCGAGGUUCUCAAGUCUGUAAAACCUAUUAAUCUGACACACCUGGAAAGUGUAAUGAUCUCGCUCUUGUCUGGUUAUGUGGCGGAGGUGGAAUUCAUUAGGAAUGUUUUGCAGUGGGCAAGUGUACUGAAGUACAUGACAUUGAAAUCUACUUUCAGUGGCAUCGGCGAUGAGCCUAAUUUUAGUAAGAUGUUCUUGGCUCUGCAUGAAGUGCCGCAAGAACUUCCUCGAAUGCUCAAUGAUUUGAAGACGAUUAAACUAAGAAAUGUGAAUUUCGGAAUCAUGGACAAUGUUGCUUGUGUUAUCUGUUUGAUGCGAAGCUCCCCUAAGUUGUAUGGCCUUGACAUUAAUUUUGAUGCUUGGCUGCUGUGGGCUCCGAGAGCUGAGGAGACGUAUAAAGCUAUCAAUUAUCUUAAAGCCAAUCAGAAGCAAAAUAUUAAUUACAACAACCUCAAGAUUGUGAUUAUGAAAUUUGUGGGCAUUCAACCUGAAAUGAAAUUUGUGAAGCUUCUUCUAUUGAAGGGGACAGAACUUGAACAAUUGAAACUAACUUUUCUUUCUAUGGAUGACGGUGAAUUGGACAAGGCAAAAAUGGAGUUGAAGCUAUUCUAUUGA